AGAUGGAAAACCAAACAAGGCUUAUUUUAAUCGGAAGAAAAAAAAAGGAAAAGGGGUUGGAUUAAAAAAUUUGGAAUGAAGUCCACUUUGUUUGGUUUGAUCCAUCAUCCAUGAUCCAGGACCUGAUUUUUGCUCCUCUCCCAACCUUUCUGUUAACUUCACACACACACACACACAAAUGUGUUCCUUUUUUACUUUUUUUGGCAAAAUGUCCAAAAGACUGAAGAUGAUAUUAAAGAGUCUCUCUUUCGCUAUAAAUGGGUUGGGUAAGGAGGUGACCUUUCCUUUCUUGAGCCAGCAAGCACUCACAACCCAAAGCCUCUUUCUCUCUCUCAUGGUUUUUAGCUUUCUGUAAUUGGUUUUUGGUUUCUGUGAGCAGACUCCUAACUCACAGCUCCUGAACAAAAACACCCGUUCCUCAACAAGGUAGUAGAAAUGGCCAGGGAGAAGAUCAAGAUCAAGAAGAUUGACAACGUGACGUCGAGGCAAGUGACUUUCUCCAAGCGAAGGCGAGGGCUUUUCAAGAAAGCUGAAGAGCUUUCAAUUCUGUGUGAUGCUGAGGUUGCUCUCAUCAUUUUCUCGGCUACUGGGAAGCUAUUUGAGUUUGCCAGCUCCAGCAUGAAGGAUAUAUUGGGAAAGUAUAAUCUGCACUCUAGUAAUCUCCACAAACUGGAUCGACCGUCUCUUGAACUGCAGCUGGAAAACAGUAAUCGGAUAAGAUUGAGCAAAGAAAUUGCAGCUAAGAGCCAUCAAUUAAGGCAGAUGAGAGGAGAAGAUCUUCAAGGAUUGAAUAUAGAUGAAUUGCAGCAGCUAGAGAAAAUGCUUGAAUCAGGACUUACACGUGUUCUUGAGACCAAGGGUGAACGUAUGAUGAAUGAGAUCUCUUCACUUGAAAAAAAGGGAGCACUGCUGCAGGAAGAGAACAAGCAACUUAAACAGAAAAUGCUGACAUUGUGCAAGGGAAAAAGACCUGUCUUAGCAGAUUCAGAUGUUGUAGUUCAGGAAGAAGGCAUGUCAUCGGAGUCAGUCACUAAUGUUUGUAGUUGCAGCAACGGCCCUCCAUUGGAUGAUGAUAGCUCAGAUACUUCUCUCAAAUUGGGGCUUCCCUUCUCUUAGCUGAAACAAAUGAGAGGAGAUGCUGAAUCUUUGCAAUACUGUUCCUGUCAUAUAUAUGUUUUAGGUGAAAUGGGAAUAUAUAUAUAUAUAUAUAUGUAUGUAUUUAUGUAUGUAUGUAUGUAUGAAUGUCUGUGUGUGUAUAUAUUUGGAAGUUGAAGGUUUAUUUUGAAGUACUUAAACCUCAUGUUGUGUGUAGGAUUAUAUGAUUACUUUAUCUGGGUGUACUGGUUUGGGACACACUUAGGUUCUCUAAUACUAU